CGCGCGCUUGCUUGCUUGUUUGUACGCACGCGCACUUUUUUUUUCUCGGUAUAACACACACCUAUAUAUAUGUAUAUUUAUAAAUAUUUCUUCUCGGAAAUGGAGAGGAGAAGAUGAAGAUGAAGAUGAUGGUGAUGAUGAUGGUGAUGAAGGUGAUGUUUGUCAGCUGAGGAACGCGGAUGGAGGAAAGACGCAGCGUUACACCGAUACACUGUGUGUGUGUAUGUGUGUGUGUGUGUGUGUGUGUAUAUAUAUGUGUGUGUGCGCGCGCGCGCUCCGGCGCCCGUCCGCGUGUGCGCGCGCGCGCGCGUGUGGAUUAAACUGGAGUCCGCGCGGAGAGCGGCAGAAGCGGAGCGCGGGGAGGAAAAAUAGAUGCGCGUGAGCAAGAGAUCCCAGAUUUCGCCCCCACCCUCCCCUCCUUCCUCCGGUCUUGAUCUUCAUCUCCAUCCGGUCCUCGCGCUCAGCGGCUCAGCUCUCAUCCGGUUCACAUGGGGGAGAUGUAUGCUCGUGCAUUAUUAUUAUUAUUAUUAUUUAAAAUCCUCGUGCAUCCUCACACCCGUCUUCUUCUUCUUCUUCUUCUUCUUCUUCUUCAUCAGCAUGAUGUUCUUCUUCUCGAGAGGAAUGUAGAGGGGAAUGUAGUAACUCUCUCCUGAGGUGGAGGCAUGAUCUAAUCCGGAUCCUGAUCUUCUGAUCUUCUGGAGGAGAGACGUGCAGGAAAAUUUUGCGCGCGCUAAAUUUCGUCUGAAGCAUGUGGAGGUUAUAACGCGUUAUAAUGCAGGGGUGUUCGUGUCAUGCAACUUGAUACAAUGGAGUUUUUUUUUAUGAGUGUGUUUUCUGCUGCACCAAAUGGAGAAGCUUUUCCACUCUCACCUUCUUCUUCUUCUUCUUCUUGAGGAGCACCACGGGAUUUUGACUUUUUUGGAUUUCUGAUUUUUCGUUUCCUUUUUUUUUUUUUUUUUUUAAUAAAAAAGGGCGGAUUCGUAGUGCUUUUCACUGGCUGUGCUCGGAGUGGAGGAUAUGGGCUGCUGCUUUACCGGAUGCUCCAGCGCGAUGGUUUUCGGAUCGGACCGGAUGGAGGAGAACCGAGCAGCAGGAGAAAAUCCGACAUGUGAGGAGAUCGAGCUGCUCUGACCCUAACCGAGCUCCUGAGCAGAGCUGACAUUACUGAUUCAAGGUGUCCGAACCCUCUUUACAAUGGAAAAGCUGCUCAUCUGCCUGUUGGUCAUUGGAAUGGCAGUGAAGGCCCAGAUCUGUCCGAAGCGCUGCGUGUGCCAGAUUUUAUCUCCCAACCUCGCAACACUCUGCGCCAAAAAAGGGCUUCUGUUUGUGCCACCCAAUAUCGACCGGCACACGGUGGAGCUACGGCUCGCUGACAACUUUGUAACUAGCGUCAAACGGAAAGACUUCGCCAACAUGACCAGGCUCGUGGACCUGACCUUGUCGAGGAAUACGAUAAGUUACAUUACGCCUCAUGCGUUCGCAGACUUGGAAAACCUUCGCGCCUUGCACUUGAACCAUAACAGGCUGACUCGGAUAGGGAAUGACACGUUUAGCGGAAUGUCCAAGCUGCAUCAUUUGAUUCUCAACAACAAUCAGUUGACUCACAUCCAUCUGGGAGCUUUUAACGACCUUCUGGCCCUGGAGGAGCUGGAUUUGUCCUAUAACAACCUUGAAACGAUACCCUGGGAGGCAAUCCAGAAGAUGAUCAGCCUUCAUACACUCAGCUUGGACCACAACAUGAUUGAGUACAUUCCAGAAGGCACCUUUUCCCUGUUGCAAAAACUCAACCGACUGGAUGUGACCUCCAACAAGCUCCAGAAGCUUCCACCGGAUCCUCUUUUCCAAAGGGCGCAGGUCCUGGCAACAUCUGGAGUGCUUACUUCUUCAUCGUUUGCCCUCAGUUUCGGUGGAAAUCCUUUGCACUGCAAUUGCGAGCUGCUCUGGCUUCGUCGACUGAGCCGUGAGGACGAUUUGGAGACUUGCGCGACUCCGCCGCACUUAUCCGGACGAUAUUUCUGGUCUAUUCCAGAGGAGGAAUUCCUGUGUGAGCCGCCCCUUAUCACGAGGCACUCUCAAGAGAUGAGGGUGCUCGAGGGACAACGCGUAACCCUUCGAUGCAAAGCGAGAGGAGAUCCGGAGCCUGUGAUCCACUGGAUAUCACCUGACGGCAAGCUGGUCUCGAACUCCUCACGUACCAUCGUUUACAAUAACGGGACCUUGGAUAUCUUGAUCAGCACGGUGAAAGAUACCGGAUCCUUCACUUGUAUCUCUUCUAACCCAGCUGGUGAAGCCCACCAAACCAUCGAGCUUGUCAUUAUCAAGCUUCCGUACAUCAGCAACAGUACCAAUAACAUCCAGGAGCCAGAUCCCGGCUCGUCGGAUAUUUCCACCUCCAGCAGAACUGGAGCCAACGGAAGCAACCACACAGCAGACUCGAAAGCGAGUUCGGAUAAGCGUGUGGUGAUAGCCGAGGCCACAUCAUCCACAGCACUCAUUAAAUUUAACUUCCAAAGGAAUAUUCCUGGAAUUCGCAUGUUUCAGAUCCAGUACAACGGCACCUACGAUGACUCUCUUGUUUACAGAAUGAUCCCACCGACGAGCAAAAACUUCCUGGUGAACAACCUGGCGGCUGGAACGCUGUACGAUCUCUGCGUCCUCGCCAUCUACGACGACGCCAUCACGUCCCUCACGGCCACGCGUGUCGUCGGCUGCGUUCAGUUCACCACCGAGUCCGAGUACCUCCGCUGCCACUUCAUGCAGUCGCAGUUCCUCGGCGGAACCAUGAUCCUGAUCAUCGGCGGCAUCAUCGUGGCCUCCGUCCUCGUCUUCAUCAUCAUCCUCAUGAUCCGCUACAAGGUGUGCAUGAGCGGAGACCGCGGCAAGGGAACCGCCACCACCGGGGUGCAGCCCGACACCGCCGCCAGUCCCUCGGCGAAUAAAGAGGGCGUCAUGGCCGAGGGCGGGGACGACUGCCAGAAAAGCUCCGCCCCCGGAUUCCCCGAUUCCCUCACGCAAUCUUCAGAGACUUCUCUGCCUGAUUGUUCCACCGAGACGUCCGUUGUGAGCCAGAGUUGGGACACGGGAGGAUCUUCGGGGUCCAUCAAGCCAAAACGGAGACCAGCGCCGAAGCCGGAGGAGAAGACUGAUCUGGCGCUCGGUGCCGAGACUCACAACACCAACCGCAACAACUCCAAAACUCCACUACUGCGUUCCGUUCCUCCGUCAGGCCCCGCCCCUUUGCUGCCUUCUUGCUUCAGGGACACUCCCAUCCUGAGGAGGGCGCCACCUCGUCCCUCCGUAUCAAAGUAUCUCACACUGCCGGCGGAGGGGACGCGAGCUGCACCGCGCAGGUACUCGCUAAACGAAGACUUAUCCAAACACCUCUGCCACGCCGGCAAGCCCGGGAACGCCCGGUGUAAGCGGAGUGUAUCCAUGAACGGAAUGCUAGCCAGCAUGGGAAAUUCGGAUUUAGAUAAAGGGGUGUAUUCCAGUUCAGAGUGGAUCCUAGAGAGUACGGUGUGAAUGACUAGCUAGUGUCCUACAUCACUGUGUGUGUGUGUGUGUGUGUGUUACUGAUUUUUAAAAUUCGUAAGAAUUCUCGUGAUCCAGCUGGUGUGUAACGUUGACGGUUAUUAGUGGUUAGCGCUCGUAGCUUUAAAACUUCACAGCACCGUUUAUAAAAAAAUCCAACUCGUACCACGUACACGAAUACCACGCCGUAGAAUUCUUACGAAUUGUGUGUGUGUGUGUGUGUGUGUGUUUGAACACAUUUGCAUGUGAGUUUUGCACUUUUUUUCCCUUCUUGUUCUCAACACUUGUAUUUUUUUAUUUUAUUUGUUUUAGUUGUUUUUUUUUUAAAAUAUCCAACUUCUCUGAAAGCUCGUGGAUAAACAGGACGCUCGCUUGCCUUGAGGAAAUUUCCUCUUCCUGCUCAUCGCGCUGACAAAAAAACACGUCAGUGCCUUCCUAUUAAAAAAAAAAAGAAAAGAAAAGAAAAGAGCUCCGGCCGAUUGAGGACCGUAUUUCACCAGACUGAGGAAUAUUUCACACAAAAAGCCUUUCUUUACUCUUCUUUAAAGGGAAUAACGUUUCCUGUACGCGAGAGAGAGACACAGAGAGCGAGAGCGAAGAAGGAAAAAAAAAACCACGGUAUUAAAUACUCAAAAAAACCUGGACCUGUUAUUAAAGUGAUAUUUUUUAAAGAGAAAAAAUAAAAACAAAUCAAAGGGUUUUUUUUUCUUUUCGGUGACAUUGAUACUGCCUUAAUUUGAAGGCACGAAAGUAAAAAAAGAAAAAAAGAAAAGAAUAAGUGUACAGAAAGACAACAUCUACUGUGUUGGUAUGUUGUGUAAAAUAAAAUAAAAAAAGAAACGACUACACGUGUUUGUCAGUGGUGUUAUAAACGUGUUAUAAACACAAAAACCUGAAGAGGAAUAAAGCGCCGAAAAACGGAGUGAACGUUGAAAAAGCUAACAUCGCGCGUUUUGGAUUUUCGAUGUGGUGCUUUUAGAAAUCGCUCGUUUAAUUUCGCUCCUGAAACGUUUUCCCACACGGCGACAUUUUCACUGCUCAGUGUUCACACUUUCUAAUUAACAUUAACUUUUUUUUGAUGUUUUUUACAAAAUGUUGUUUUUUUCUCUUUCUGAACUGAAAGAAACGUUAAUGUGUGAUGAGGGAAAGGGGGCGUGGCUUCCACGGCAUCGGUUAACAUCGCAGAGUUCAAAACUAGGACUUAAUUACUACUUAACAAUAAAACUAUUAUUGUUACGAUUAUUAUUAUAAUAAAACUCUUUCUAAUUAACGAGCAUUUCAUCUUUAAUGUUUUUGUUAAAUUGAGUGUUAAACCUGACUCUUUGCACAGCAGGACAGAAAUCUCAAAAUCUCCACCAUCCUUUUUU